CUCCUUAAACCCUAAUCAAAUAGCUAACAGCCCCAAUCCCUCCCCUCUCUUUCUCUCUCCUCUGCAGAGCAGCACUUCCAAUCUCUCUCUCUCUCCCCGAAACCCUAGAGAGAAGGGAUGGGCAAAGUGAAGGGCAAGCACCGUUUGGACAAGUACUACCACCUAGCCAAAGAACACGGCUACAGAUCUCGCGCCGCAUGGAAGCUCAUCCAGCUCGAGUCCAAGUUCAGCUUCCUCCGCUCCUCCCGCGCCGUCCUCGACCUCUGCGCCGCCCCCGGCGGCUGGAUGCAAGUCUCCGUCGAGCGCGUCCCCGUCGGCAGCCUCGUCAUCGGUGUCGACCUCGUCCCCAUUCGCCCCGUUCGCGGCGCCAUCGGCGUCGAAGAGGACAUCACUAAGCCACAGUGCCGAGCCGCCAUCAAGCGGCUCAUGGCUGAGAAUGGCUGUCGAGCCUUCGAUUUGGUGUUGCAUGAUGGCUCGCCGAAUGUUGGUGGUGCUUGGGCUCAAGAGGCGACUAGUCAGAAUGCUUUGGUUAUUGAUUCUGUGAAGCUCGCUACUGAGUUCUUGGCUGCAAAAGGAACAUUUGUUACCAAAGUUUUCAGAUCUCAGGAUUACAGUGCUGUCCUCUACUGCCUUAGACAGCUUUUUGAAAAGGUUGAAGUGGAUAAACCAGCGGCCAGUCGUUCAACAUCUGCUGAGAUUUAUAUUCUAGGUUUCAAGUAUAAGGCCCCUUCAAAGAUUGACCCCCGUCUUCUUGAUGUGAAGCAUCUCUUCGAGGGAGGCAAAGAACCCCCAAAGGUGGUGGAUGUACUUAGAGGAACAAAUCAAAAGAGACACCGUGAUGGGUAUGAAGAUGGGCAGUCAAUUUUGAGGAAGGUUUGUUCUGCCGCAGAUUUUAUUUGGUCUGACAGUCCUCUUGAGAUUCUUGGUUCAGUUACAUCUAUCGAUUUCAAGGAUCCUGCUUGUUUGCCUAUAAAGGAUCAUACUUUGACAACAGAGGAGGUUGAAACUCUGUGUGAUGAUCUGCGCGUCUUGGGAAAGCAAGACUUCAAGCAUCUUUUGAAGUGGCGUAUCAGUAUAAGAAAAGCACUGUCCCCAUCAAAUAAGGCUACUUCUACAACCACAGACGUCGAGCAUGAGAAUAAGGAUGAUGAUAAUAAGGAUAAUGAAGAUGAGAGAAUACUUAAUGAAAUGGAGGAGUUGACCAAUGCUAUGGAUCAUAAAAAGAAACGAGCAAAGAAACUUCUCGCAAAAAGACUAGCUAAGGACAAAGCACGAAAGAAAAUGGGGAUGCAAGUGGAUGCAACUUCUGAUGGUUAUACUGAUCAUGAGUUGUUUUCUCUAUCUUCUAUUAAGGGCAAGAAAGAUUUAGCGACUGUUGAUACUGCUGAAUAUGAUGAUGAAACUGGAGAUGUGGUAGAUAGUGAAAAUGAAGAAACCCGUGAGAGGCAGGAAUCUUUAUCUAGUGAUGUGGACUCUGACGAAGAACGCAGAAGAUACGAUGAGCAGAUGGAAGAGAUGCUUGAUCAAGCUUAUGAACGGUAUGUGGAGAAAAAAGAAGGAAGUACAAUGCAGAGAAAGCGUUCAAAGCAGCUUCACUCCAAGGAUACCGAACUUUUAGAGGGUGGUGAUGAUGACAAUAUGGUUCAUUCUGAUCAAGAUUCUGACAAUGAUCGAGGAGAUCAUGAGGCAAAUCCUCUGAUGGUGCCACUUGUCGAGGAAGCGCCAACUCAAGAGGAGAUUACGAGGCAGUGGUUUAGUCAAGAUGUCUUUGACGAAGCAGAUGAGCCAGGAGAUAUGGAGAAGUCCGAUAGUGAAGAUGAAAUGCAGGUGGACGGAGCACGCAAUCAACUUUCACUUCCGAAAGGAACCAAGAAGAACUGGAAACCGCAAGUCGCUGAACCCGAAGAACCGCUCUCCAUCCCCAUGAGUGUGCCCAAGAAAAACAAAGUACAAGAAGUUAAAGCUUCUAAGGCCGAAAAUGAUUUUGAGAUUGUCCCAGCUCCAGCUACGGACUCGAGUGACGACUCAUCUUCAGAUGAAUCAGAUGACGAUGACGACGUAUAUAAAAAAGCCGAGAUAUUGGCUUGUGCGAAGAAAAUGCUGAGGAAAAAACAUAGGGAGCAAAUGCUCGAUGAUGCAUACAACAAGUACAUGUUUCACGAUGAUGGAUUACCGAAUUGGUUUUUGGACGAGGAGAAGAGGCACCGCGUGCCAAUUAAGCCCAUAACUAAAGAAGAGGUUGCUGCGAUGAGGGCGCAAUUCAAAGAAAUUGAUGCCCGACCUGCUAAGAAGGUUGCGCAAGCCAAGGCCCGGAAGAAGCGGGUUGCGAUGAGGAAUCUAGAAAAGGUUCGGAAGAAGGCGAACACAAUAUCAGACCAGGCGGACAUAUCGGAUCGUUCAAAGAGUAAGAUGAUCGAACAACUUUAUAAGAAGGCGACACCCAGAAGGCCUCAGAAGGAAUAUGUGGUGGCGAAGAAAGGGGUCCAAGUGAGGGCUGGAAAGGGGAAAGUACUCGUUGAUCGGCGAAUGAAAAAGGAUGCACGGACACAGGGAAUGAACAAGAAAGGUAAAGGAGGGAGUUCGAAGAAGGGAAAGGGCGCGAGGGAUCAGAAAGGUAAAGGGCCCGGAAAGAGUUCGGGAAAGGGUAAAAUGGGUAGUAAAGGUAAUAGAAAGAUGAGCAAGCAUGACUGAGCUAGUGCUAUAGAACUUCUCAUCAUCAUUUGUUUUUCGUCUUUCUUGUUUUUGAUUUUUUGAUACCCUCUUCACUCUCUCUGUAUCUUCCAUUUUGAAUGUAGAGAGGUUUUUCCUAAGGGGUGCCUGUACUUUGAAACUGUGGAUGUCACACAUCUCAGAUGUUUACAUUUUCAUAUUUAUUUGGUUUUGUUUUCUUUCUAAUAAUUUGUAUUUGUAAGACAUGUUUCUUCUCUUACAUGAACAAUCAGUGUUAAACCCUAAGCAGAAGAGAAACAUUGCAAUUAAAUGGCCUUUUGCAUUGUAGGAUGUUCUUCUUGUGAGAUCCAA